AUGAAACGGAACGCAGAAUCUGCAGAGACUUUGUUCCAAAACACUUCUCCUCCUCCGUCCAACAAUGCAUUUGUGCCCGGUAGAAAGCGUACACGUUUUGAUGCGCACACUGCUCCUAGAACACAAUGGAGCAGUGGCUGUUUCCCUCUACAAAACGGUUCUUUUACAAACAUGAACGCUCCUUCUUUUCGUGCACGGAAGCGUUCUCGUCCCCCAUCACCGGAUACUUUCCCUGAAACAGCGCUGGUCGCUGAUUCGCAGCAGCAAUUACAGAAUGGCUCUGUGGUUUCACAAAAUUCAGAGGAAGAAGAAGCUUUUCCUCACAAACGUGGUCGGCUGAGCACUCCCCAACAAGAUGAAGCUUGUCAAAUUAUCGACAUGAACACUGGCGAGGUGUUGGAGUCUUUCCCUUCUUCUACAGUACAAAACUCUACUGAUUCAAAAGCCCUUGUGCAUCACCCUCACCGCAAUAAUCGCGUCCAUAUUCUUCCCUUCCCAACCAACAAUCGAAGCAACAAUUUGGCCCAUCCAUCUUUCUCAGCUGCAAGUUCAUUGACGUUGCAUCCACAAUUGUAUUCCCCGGGUUCUCAAUGCCGUCAUUUGAUUUGCUAUCCAUCCAACAGUGACAAAGUUGGCGCACCCUACGUUAUCGAACCCGACUCGUCUAAACGAUGGGGAACUGUGCAUCAAGAACCGGCCUCGUCUGUUCUAAUUGAGGAACUUGAUGACGAGGAGCUUGACACUGAACGCAAUGCAAACGCUACUCCUCCCUCUGUUGUUUAUGAGGAACAACAACCCACUGACAUGACCAUAAUGCCAACAGAAGCACACACAUCCCCUCUAUUUACGCACCCACUGCCCAAUGCCGCUUUAGUUGCAGCAGACGCUGAUGAUUCUGAAAUGGAACUCGACGCUUAA